CCAUAGGCAUAACUUAGUCAUAAAGUAAUUUCAUGACUAUUAAGUAUAUAUAUUAAUAUAAAUAUUUUAUGAAAGUUACACAAUCUUAAACAUAACCGGCCGACCACCUUUCUAGUACCUGUUGGCAAUCACCCUUUAAGUUUCUGAUUCAGUUACCAAUUUCACUUUGAGAUUGGGAUCAUGAAAACUAUGUCUCAAACUUCAUUUGUCUCGGAAGAAACUAAUUUUUGCCUCCUCCUCCUCCUUAUUCUACAUGUUCUGUUCAUCGUCCUGAUCAGUCACUUCAAAACUUGGUCUGUGUUCAAAUCCUCAUCACUUCCACCUGGUCCAUUUCCAUGGCCAGUUAUAGGCAAUAUUAUUCAAAUAGGAACAAAACCUUACGUCUCUCUCUCACGCCUUGCUGAAACCUAUGGCCCUCUCAUCUCACUCAAUUUGGAAACCAACUACUAAUGGUAGGCUCAUCGCCGUCUGCUGCAAUGGAAAUUCUCAGGAUACAUGACCGGAAUUUAUCUGGACGACAAGUUCCUCAAGUUUUGGCAGCUAAGAGUUUAGAACUCAACAGAUUUUCACUUGGGUGGUCUCUAGAGUGCAAUGAAUUCUGGAGGAACUUGAGGACCCUUUGUCGAGAAGAGCUAUUCUCAAGCAAAGCAAUAAGUAGUCAAGCUUGUAUAAGAGAGAAAAAGGUGAAGGAAAUGUUGGAAUUUAUAGGUAAAAUGGAAGGGAAGGUGGUUAGAAUUAGAGAUGUAGUUUCUGCUGUUGUGCUUAAUAUGCUUAGUAAUAUUAUGGUCUCAAGAGAUCUUGUAAACUUGGAAGAUGAGAGUGUUCAUACUGGGGAAAUUAAUCGGAUUUUGAGGAAUAUUUCGGAUCUGGCUUCUAUUCCAAAUAUAUUCGAUAUUUAUCCAUUAUUGGCUCCAUUAGAUCUGCAAAGAUUAAGAAAGAAGGGUAUGGAACUCCAUCAAAGGAGCAGUGAGAUGUGGAAGACAAUCAUCAAAGAUAGGAAGGAGAACAGAGAAAUUGUUAUUGCUCCAAACCAUCAAGAUUUUCUUGAUGCCAUCAUCAAAAAAGGCUGUCCCGAAGAUCAAGUGAAUCUGCUAUUUCAGGAGUUAUUUAUUGCUGGCACAGACACUAGCAGCUGGGUGAUUGAGUGGACUAUGGCAGAACUAAUUAGGAAUCCAAGAUGCUUGAAGAUUGUUGAAGAUGAACUUGCUACAGAAAUCAAACACAAUUCUAUAACAGAAUCCCAUGUAGCCAAUUUAACAUACCUUCAAGCUUGUAUUAAAGAAGCCUUGAGGUUUUACCCUCCUGUGCCACUUCUCAUCCCUCAUCGGGCAGUUGAGUCAUGCCAAGUUAUGACCUACACCAUUCCCAAGGACUCAAUGAUUCUAGUUAACCUUUGGGCCAUUGGAAGGGACGUCAAUUACUGGAAAGAUCCAUUAGAGUUCAAACCAGAAAGAUUUCUCAACUCGAGCUUGAAUUUCAAAGGGAACGACUUCGAAUUCAUAACUUUUGGUUCAGGGAGGAGAAUUUGCCCUGGCUUAACAAUGGCUUCCAUGCAUGUUUCAUUGAUUAUUGCCUCCCUUAUUCAUUUCUUUGAUUGGUCGCUUCCACAUGGAAAGGAUCCAAAGGACUUGGAUAUGACAGAGAAAUUUAGUAUUGAUAUGGUGAAAGAAGAGCCUCGUGUCCUCAUUCCGAAAACUAAAUUUUAAGUGAAGAUCUAAAGCUUCUGUUGGGUGCAUACAGAAGCUACAGAGACCACCAAGCACGCAUGAAGAACAAAGGAAAGCAAGGUAAGCUAUUGCAUGAAGCUUCAAUAUUCAUAUGUAAUGAACACUCUACAUAAUAUGUUUUCUGAUUUGCAAA